AUGGCAGAUAAUGAAGUAAAAGAAAACGCUAAAAGGGGAAGUAUCUUUACAAAAAGAAGGGUUAUCACUGCUAUUUUUCUGGUAGUUAUUCUCAUAGUAGUGAUUGUAUGGGUGAUUGUAAGCUUAAGUAAUAAGGCCGAAGAGUUUGAAGUUAAAAAAAUCGCAAAAGCUAAAACAAUAAUUGGUCAAUUAUCACUAACCACAAUACAAGACUCUGAUAAAGCUCAAUUUACGAAUUAUAACAAUGACUUCGAUAAAAACACAGAUUGGAAAGAUAAUGAAUCGACUUUAAGUAAAUUAUGCGACUUUGCGACACUUCUUCUCAAAUAUUACAACGAAAAACCUGAUGAUAAAGAAUCUAAAGAAUAUCUUAAAUUCGCAAAUGACGUAAUAAAAAAAAUAGACUCGAAAAUUUUCAAACCUAAAAAUUAUUCCAUCAUUGCAAAGUCCGGAAAUUACGACCUAUUCUGCUCUUUAACGAAAUUAUUGAACACUUUCGAAUAUUUAGCUGACGAUUCGUACAGCGACACUAAGAUCAUUUGUCAUAAUCAAAUACUACAUAUGGUACCAGAAUUCAAUAAACUGUACUUGCAAGGAGUUCCAGAAUCGAAUAUUAGUGGAUAUUUGAAGGAUUGUGAGAGUAUUUAUACAAUUACAGCGCGAUUAUUGACAAACGCUAUCAGUGACAAAGAUCUGUACAAUUAUGACGUUGAGAAUCGGGAGGCGAUCAAAGUACUCAAAGAGCAAUUCGCUGUUCUCUCCAAUGAUGCCGAAAAGAAAAGCAAUUUCAAUUUCUAUCCAUACUAUUACAAUAUGUAUGAAAUUUUCAGAAGUGGAAAAUCCUAAAUACAAGAUUCGAUAUAAAAGUUGUAUUCUUUAAGCUUAAAAA